AUGGCUUGGCUCAUCUCUCUCUUAGCCAUUGUGCCGGCUCUGGUGUCUGCGGCUGCCGUCAACACAACUUGCGUCACUGAGCCGAGCUGCCGUUGCUUACCGUCAGAUUCGUGCUGGCCAUCCAAAUCAGAAUGGACUGCCUUCAAUAAAACUGUAGGAGGCAGACUUAUAGCCACAGUGCCUAUUGGUAGUGUCUGCCAUAAUUCGGCCUUUGGCUCCUACAACGCUCAAAAGUGCGAUGAAUUGAGGUCUGUGUGGGACUAUCCCGCCACCCAUAUCGCGUCUUCCUCCGAUCCUAUGGCGCCGUUCUUCGCCAAUGACAGCUGUGAUCCAUUUACAGCGCCCAGUGCGAGGUGUAUUAUCGGCACCCUUGUCCAGUAUUCCGUCAAUGCCAGCUCUAGCUCCGACUAUCUGGCUACCAUCAAGUUUGCACAGCAGAACAACAUCCGCUUAGUGAUUCGGAACACAGGCCAUGACUACUACGGCAAGUCCUCGGGGACCGGCGCGCUGGCUCUCUGGACCCAUCAUCUCAAGGAUAUCUCGCUCGUCAACUACAAGCAAAGCUAUUACAGCGGUAAAGCGCUGAAAGUUGGUGCUGGCGUCCAAAACUCUGAAGCCCAAGCUUUUGCCCACAACAAUGGUCUGAUAGUUGUUACUGGAGAUGGGGCAUCAGUUGGCCUUGCAGGAGGGUACAGCCAGGGCGGUGGACAUGGACCAGUGGCCAGCAAGUUUGGCCUUGCCGCCGACCAGGUCCUCGAGUGGGAGGUCAUUACCAGCACCGGCCAGCAUCUUGUUGCUACUCCUUCCCAGAACACCGAUCUUUACUGGGCUCUCUCUGGCGGCGGUGGUGGAACCUAUGCUGCUGUUCUGUCAAUGACCAUUCGAGCUUACCCUGACAUGCCAAGCUCUGCCGCCAAUCUUACAAUUACCAACCAGGGAAUAUCUGACGACGCUUUCUACGCAGCUGUCCAAACGUUCCUGACGACACUGCCUAGUAUUGUUGACAGUGGUGCUACCGUUGUCUACCUGCUUGCCUAUGGGCUGUUCCUUGUACAGCCUGUGAAUGCUCCCGGCGUAAGCAAAGCACAGCUGCAGACACUCCUCAACCCUACGCUGAGCUAUCUACAGAAGCAAAACAUCCCUUAUGACUUCCACAUUGACCAGUUCCCUACAUUUUUGGAUAGCUUUUACGCCUACAAUCCUCCUCCUAACGUUACUGAGUAUAAUAUUGGCGGCCGUCUUAUUCCACGAACGUUGCUCGAAAGCCAGACAAGCGCCACUUCUGUGGUAAACGCGUAUCGAUUCAUUAAUGAGGCCGGCGCUGUCAUCUCUGGUGUGAACGUCAACGUCAGCAAUGGCACAAAGGUCCCCAAUUCCGUUAACCCUGUCUGGCGGUCUUCCAUUACGAGCAAUGUUAUCGGAGUUCCAUACGAUCCGCUCAACUUCCAGAACAACAUAUACGCCCAAAACAACGUGACAGAUAUCCUGAUACCUAAGCUAGAAGCUCUGUCGCCCAUCCAGGGUGCCUACCUGAAUGAAGCCAACAUGCAUCAGCCUAAUUUCCAAAGCGUCUUCUAUGGUAACAACUACCCGGCUCUGAAGUCAAUUAAGAACAAAUACGAUCCGUCAAGUACAUUUUACGGUCUCACAGCAGUUGGAAGCGACGACUGGACAGUGGACAGCGUUACUGGGCGACUGUGUCCUGUCUCGUAAGUAUAUUGAUGUGGAGUAUAGGUAUUUCUUCACGUACAUAGCUAUGAAUAUAUAUUUCUAGAUGUUAAAUACGAAUUCGAAG